UUUUUUUCUUGUACUAAUAAUAAUAUCGACUAUUAUCGAGUUUAUUUACCUACUUAUCGUCCAUUGUUAGUGUCGUGUUGGUGUUUUUCUUUAAAACGAUAAACUUUCCCUCUUUGCUUAUUGAACAUUAAAUAAAAUAUUAUAUUUUAAUUUGGAUGUACCUAUUUAUUAAUUUAUGUAUGAACGAUUGCAAUUAUUUUGUGUAGUGUAUGUAUCUCAUGGUAAUUUACUUCCUAACUAAAGUGGAUUGUUUCAUAUGAUCACAUUAUUAUUUAUGUAGUCUAAUAUGUCCAUUCGUACAUAGAUGUUUUAUAAUGUCUUGUGUUAGUGGACUACCAAAAAAUUACAAUGGCCAAAACACUGCAAUCAGCCAGAAACAAAAUGUGGUAAUACCACCUAAGUAUCAACCACCACCAAGUCCUAAUCGUCAAUAUAAUGUACAACUAAGCAAUUAUCCACAAGCUAAUAUUGACAGGAGGCAACAAGGUGAAAAGUCAUAUGCCAAUACUGCCGAAAAUCAUAGAUAUAGAACUUUGCCAGGAGAGCAACCUUCGGAUAUGCUGAAAUUUGUACGAAAAAUAGAUUCGGACAAUUCAAAUAAAAUAUCUUCAGACCAGGUGGGGCAGUUAAUGUCAGAAAUUAAUAGCUUAAAAGAAGUGAAUCAAAGACUGAAUGAUGAAAAUCAAGAGUUACGAGAUUUAUGUUGUUUUUUGGAUGAUGAUAGACAAAAAGGACGAAAACUAGCUAGAGAAUGGCAGAGAUUUGGUAGGUAUACAGCUUCUGUUAUGAGACAAGAAGUAGCUGCAUAUCAAGUGAAAUUAAGACAUCUAGAAGCUAAACAACAGCAUCUCAUCGAAGACAACAUUGAACUUAAGGAAUUAUGUUUAUACUUGGAUGAAGAAAGAAGUGGUCCAAAUAGAUUGAGAGAUAACUCUGUAUGUAGAGUUUGUGGAAGUUCUACAGGUUCUGGAAAUAUACCUGAAGAAUUACAUAGAAGAGAUGAAGGUGAUGGAAGUAGUUCAUCGACAAAUGCUGAUGAAAAUAUGAUAACUGGUAAUCAGAGUCAAGGUUCAUAUCAUAGACAGUUACAUCAGUCAAAUGAUCAAAAUUUACCAUCAGAUCAGAGAUCAUUGAAUUAUAUUAGACAACUUGAAGCCAAGGUUAAAGAAUUAGAAGAAGAAAAAACUCAACUAUCUAAUAAAAUGAUCCAAGAAGAAAAAAUUGAUCAAAAGAUUAAUAACUGGAAUACUGAUGGUUCUUUUCCUAAAAUGACACAUCCAGAGUCAGUAUUGACUGCACUUCAAGUAUUGGAGUUACGUGAACAAUUAGAAGGUAAAGGGGAUGAGAAUUGUAGUGGUGUAGACAUGGAAGAUGAAGAAAAAGCAUUACUUAGAGAAAUGUGCAAUGUGGUAUGGCGAAAAUUGGAAGAUGCUUAAUAAUAUGUAAGACAUUGUGACAAUGGAUUAAUAUUUUGGAUUUAUAAUAAGUAAUAACUAUGAUCAAAAAUCAUUUAAUUGUGAUUAUGCUUUUAUAUUUUAUUUAUUUUUAGAAUGAUUUAUAUUAAAUUUAGUAAUAAUAUUUAAAAUCUGUACUAUCAAAAGAAAUAUUUUGUACAAAAAAACUUAAAUGUCAAUCCUAUCUUGUAUUUAAAUCUUAAAAUAGUAGUUUUUAUUAUAUAUUUUGUAA